AUGAAGGAAGAUGAGAUCACGGCAAUGGCACAAGGACACCUGCAUGCAUCACCGGCAGAAUUCAAAGAGGUAAUGAAAGAAGUGAAGAAAAAACAAAUGGCAGAGAUCAAACAGUCGGUCCGUCAACAAUUUCAGAAAACACUCCCAAAAUACCUCUCUGCUCUUGAAUCAUCAAACAACAAAAUUCUUACAGAUGCAAAGGAGAGAAUCAAUAGUGCUGUUGCAGACCAACUCCAACAGCUGCAACAGAAGAUUGGCAGACAAGAAUGCGACCUAAAGGAUGGUAUUACAAAACUAAUAACAAACAUAACAAACAAGGUCAUGAAUCUACUCAAGACUAAGCAGAAAAAGGAAGCCUCCAAACCAAAGAACCACAAAAAGUCGCUCCAAGAUGCAUAA